AACAGACAGAGCCAAUUGGGAUUGACGAAGAGUCUCUAGCGCCAAAGUCAAAGGCUGUUUUUUGAAAAACGUGUCCUUGUGACCUAGCUAGGAAACGGUUUGAUAUAGCCUACUGAGUGUAGAUGCUUUUGAUGAUUAUUUGGGAAACAGCCGUGCCACGAACUGACGUUACCGUACAGACAUGUCUUCUGAAGUUUCUUGCAGCACCACAGAGCCAAGGCAUAAAAACAUGGAGUCCCAUGCAGCCAAAAAGAAAACUAUUCCUUUAGAUAUUGAAAACAAAGCAAUCGACCCUGUAAUUCAAAUGGCUGUGGGAACUAAAAGGAACAACAAAGAGAACACAAAACCGGCAAGCGGGCACAGCGUGUCUGUGACAAAGAAAGUGCACAAAAAAACAACGGCGGGCUCAACUGCCCCUCUGAGAUCCAAAAAUGAUAAAAAUGGUGAGAAUUUGGGAGAAGAGCUGAAGAAGCCCACGACCCAGACUGUGCAGGAGGCGAAGACGCAACCUUCAGGUAAAGGGGAUGCUGUGAAGAGGCGCCAGACUCUCAGCCAGGCCUUUCUAUCCCAGCACGCUCUCCAGCAGAGGAAGCUAGCGGCGGAGGUGGCUAAGCCCCCAGCCUCCGUGCCACCCAAACCCCUCCUUGGUGCUUACAAAGGCAGGGUUAUCCAGUCCAAAGUCAACUCUUUCAGGAAGCCGACAGGGGGCAGCGGAGAGGCGGAGCCCACGGCUGCCAUGACGAAGCAGUCUCAGCCGAAAGGCAGCAGUAAGCCCCAGGCUGCGAUUGGAAUGAGAGGGAAAACGCCCGCUGUAGUACCCAGGCUUUCCACGUUGAAGGCGUCUGCAGCUCAGAACUCCAGGUCCAAGAGCGUGUCCAGUAACGCGCCCGCACCUGCGGCCAAACCGGCACCGAGCACUACCGCUCCCAGAGUAACCAACUCAAGGGCUCGGCUGCAGUCCGCUCCUGGGAAGCUGGCCAAAAGCCGCGUGAUGGCUCCUCCAGCCAGACAGACUUCAGGGCCUGAAGCCGCAGCCCAUCCUGGCUCCAGCAGGUCCACUGUAACCGCAAAGAAGAAGGAGAUGCCGCAGGUCAGCGAAUCCAAGGCAAAGCUGGUGGUGGCAGCAACUGACAACAAAGCCCCUAAACCUCCAGCUAGCCGCUCUUUGAGCCAGUACAGGAUGGCUAUAGAGACUGCGGAUGAAAGGAAGGCAAAGCUGGCCGAGUGGCUUGCAUCCAAGGGAAAAACUCUGAAAAGGCCACCGAUUGCAUCGGCUCUGCCACAGACCGUUUCAAGAGCAGCUCCUUCUGAAUCAUUACCAAAACCUGAAGCAGUCACCGAGGCCGGAGACAAUCCAGAAACGGAACCCGUCACUCAACGGGAUUCCGAUCCGGAAAUUCCCCUGGUACAACAGCCCGAAUCCAGCCCUGAAGCAGAUGCGAAGCCUGAAUCUGACCCUAAAGGAGCACCUGAGACUGCUCCCUUUUCCAGCUCAGACAUUAUGAACACUACCCUGGACUUGCUGGAGAACUCAGAAAUGGACCUGCCAGUGGAUCCAGAAAUCAGAAUGGCUGACGUGGUUGUUAAUCUUUGCAGUGCCAUGGAAGCCAUGCAGGUUCCCUCAUCCAGCGAGAACGAUGCACAGGUCCAAGGAGAUGGUGAAGGAAGGAUUUUGGAGAUGGAUAACCAGAUGGAUACGCUGGCAGAGACGAGUAAAGAGGAAGCCGAUUUGGAAAGCGAGAUGCAUGGAACAGAGGAAGUGAAGGCCGAAGGAAAGAGCUCGGUGAAGAAAAGCGUGAAAAUGGAGUGCGCGGAUGAGAUGGACGACGAUGAGGAGGAUCAGAGUGAAACCGCACCGGAGGGAGCGUCGGUGGUGAGGUACAGCGUGAAGACCACGCCCUACCUGCAGAGCAUGAAGCAGCGGAUCCAGAGCGAGGCGGCGGCGUCGGGCAGCGGGGGGAAGCGUAGAAGCGCCAUCAAAGACCUGAAGUUCCUGACGCCAGUGCGGCGCUCGGUCCGGAUCCAGCGCGAGUCCGGCCGGCUGCCGGGGAUGCUGGCGGACCACGACCCCUGCGUGGCCUCGCUGGCCGAACUCGUCCGGCUGGAUGACGACCCCAACGCCUACAUCUACAGGAAGAACCCCGCCCUGCUGGAGGACCUGCCCGACCAGCCAGAGGGCCAGGGGAGGUUCUGAAGCGUGUGUGCGUGUGCGUGUGUGCGUGUGUGCGGGCUUCUAAAAGUGAUGUUACCAAGGGGUGAAGACGUUAUGCAUGAAAAAAAAGUGGCACUUUCAUAAAAUGUUUAUUAAUUCAUUCAUUAAUAAUAAUAAUAAUAAUAAUAAUAAUAAUAAAGCAUAACUACAGCAUAGUGUGCAAAUUGGAUCUUGUCAGCAUUCGUGCUCCGUGACCUUGUGUGUGUUUUGUCUUUCCCACUAAUUCAUGAACUAUAAUACUCCAACACUAUUCUCUCAUUGCUUUACGCUGACAUAAUUGUGUGUCAGCCAUUAUCUGGACAACUAACCACCACUACUAUAGUAAUAUUAUUAUUUGAAUAAGCAAUCAAACCACAAAAUAUUUGUAGAACCCAUGAGUGGAAUGCUUUUUUAAAAAUUGCCCUCGAGCUGAAUUUUUGUCAUUAACAUGCAGGAUUUUAAAUGUAGGUUGGUCCAUCAAGAUGAUGUUUAUAUUCACUAACCGCAUACAUCUUGUUUUAUUGUCUGAUUGACGGAAUCCAUGACUUGUUACUUGCAAAAUGGCGUUGGCCUGAUGGGGGAUGGCACUACCUUUUGAAAGUACAUAAAAUGUUACAUUUUGUGCGUUAUAAAUUUUCUCUGAUGCAUCUUUUUUGUUUUCCACUGUGAUCUUGCCUCCUGCUCGCCUGUGUUCUUUUCAGUUCUUUACUGUUGAAGUUGUGUUUUUGCCAUUUUCUUUUUCACAAUGUAUUUUAACUUGUGUAAGCUAAGCCAUACUAUUUUAAUGUUUGGAGAUGUGUGUAUGUAAAGUGAAGGGUAGUCCCCCUCUUCUGUUGAAGGAUGUCUGGAAGUGCAAAAUAUUUCCAGUUUGCAUGUAAGUGCAUUCAGUGCUGCAUAUGAGAGACACUUAAAAAGAUUAUCGGUGAACCUGUCAGCAGUAAGCUACAUUUGUACUAAUAAAAUGUUCAACCCAGCUUC